GCUUUCGUGUUUGUGUCUUCAUGGAUUUGCGUGGCCAUGGCAGAAAACACAACGAGUACAAUCCCAGUGAACGUUGGUGUUGUUCUUGAUAUAAAUAGAGAGUAUGGGACGGUUUGGUUGAGUUGCAUCAAAAUGGCCCUCUCAGACUUCUAUGCAUCUCAUGCUCACUACAAAACAAGGCUGGUGCUGAACAUUAGGGACUCGGAGAGCAACGUUGUACGUGCAGCUGAUGCAGCUCUAGAUUUGAUAAAGAAUAAGCAAGUGCAAGCCAUUCUAGGACCCGUGACGUCGAUGGAUGCAAGCUUUGUUAUUAACUUGGGCGACCAGGCUCAAGUGCCAAUUAUUUCAUUUUCUGCAUCAAGUCCAUCUCUUAAUUCACUCCGCAGCUCCUAUUUUUUCCAAAUUACACAGGUAGACUCCUCCCAAGUGAAUGCCAUAAGUUCUAUAGUCCAAAAUUUCGGUUGGAGACAAGUUGUACCUAUCUAUGUAGACACUGAAUAUGGGGAUGCAGUCAUACCUUUUCUAACUGAUGCACUGCAAGAGGUUGAUGUUCGUGUCACAUAUCGAAGCGCAGUUUCCCCACUUGCCACUGAUGAUCAAAUUCUUCAAGAACUGCGUAAGUUAAUGACCAUGCAAACCAGAGUCUUCAUUGUUCAUAUGAAUCCCAAGCUCGGUUGUAGGCUGUUUGCCAAGGCAAAAGAGAUUGGAAUGAUGGGUCAAGGAUAUGUUUGGAUCAUGACUAAUGGGUUAGCCAAUCGGUUAAUAUCGAUGAAUUCCACAGUCAUAAAUUCCAUGCAAGGUGUAAUAGGUGUACAAACAUACGUUGCUCAAACACAGAAGCUUGAAGAAUUCAACUUACGGUGGAAGCAACAAUCCAUGCAAGACGACCAUUCAACUCUUAUUGAUGUUGAUCAACUGGAUGUCCUAGCACUUUGGGCUUAUGACGCAGCUUUUGCACUAGCCAUGGCAAUCGAAGAAGUCGGGAUCACAACUACUUUCGACUUGUUCCAAAAGAAGAACUCCUCCUCCUCCUCCUCCUCCUUCAAUUUGACAGAUUUUGGGAGUGCUGAGAUAUCUAAAUAUGGUCCAGAUCUCUGCCGAGCCCUUUCGAAAACUAGAUUUGAAGGCAUAGCUGGAAAUUUCAGCAUUGUUGAUGGACAACUUCAGUCAUCAACGUUCCGUAUAGUGAAUAUUAAUGAGGAUGGAGCAAGAGAUAUCGGAUUUUGGACACCACAAAAUGGACUGGUGAACAGUUUGAAUUCCGCAAGCAAAACCAUACUCUCAACUGAUUCGAAGUCUAACCUGAAAUCCAGUGUUAUAUGGCCUGGAGAAUUUCUCUCUACUCCGAAGGGAUGGGAGAUCCCAACAAAUGGCAAGCGGUUGAGAAUAGGAGUUCCUGUUAAUUUCGGUGUUCUUGAGUUUGUGAGGGUUACAAAAGAUCCAAGCUCAAAUACAACUGAAGUCACAGGGUUUUCUAUUGAUGUCUUUAAGGCAGCAAUAGACGUAUUGCCAUAUCCUCUUCCGUAUGAGUUCAUUCCUUAUGAAAAACCUAAUGACUCUGUCGCCGCAACUUACAACGAUUUGUGCUAUCAAGUAUAUCUUGGGAAGUUUGAUGCUGUGGUGGGAGAUGUAACAAUUCGAGCAAUGAGGUCAUUGUAUGUGGACUUUACAAUGCCAUACACAGAAUCAGGCGUAGUAAUGGUUGUGCCGAUCUUCGACACCAGGGCCAAAAAUGCAUGGGUAUUCUUGAAGCCUUUGACAUGGGAUCUUUGGCUAACAACUUCAUGUUUCUUUCUUUUCAUUGGUUUUGUGGUUUGGGUUCUAGAGCAUCGAAUCAAUGAAGAUUUUCGUGGCCCUCCCUCGCAUCAAGUCGGCACCAGUGUCUGGUUCUCCUUCUCAACCAUGGUGUUUUCACAAAGAGAGAGAGUGCUCAGCAAUUUGGGAAGAUUUGUGAUGAUCAUAUGGGUAUUUGUUUUGUUAAUACUGACACAAAGUUACACGGCUAACCUAGCUUCACUAUUAACAGUCCAGCAACUUCAACCGACUGUUACCGAUAUAAAAGACAUUUUGAGGAAGGGAGAAAACGUGGGAUAUAGGAGCACUGCUUAUACUUAUGAUCUACUGAAACAAGUAGGUUUUGACGAUUCCAAGCUUAAAGGCCUUACAACAGUUGAAGAAAUUCAAGAAGCUCUCACAAAAGGGAGUCCAAAUGGUGGCAUUGCUGCUUUUGUCGACGAAACCCCUUACACAAAGCUUCUUCUAGCCAAAUAUUGUUCCAAGUUCACAAUGGUCGGACCUAUCUUCAAAACAGUUGGCUUUGGCUUUGUGUUUCCAAAACGUUCGCCUCUUGUGCCUGACGUUUCACGAGCAGUGCUAAACGUGACAGAAGGAGAUAAGAUAUUGAACAUUGGAAACAAAUGGUUCAAGAAAGAAGAAAGCAAUUGUCAAGACUCUAGUACUCAAUCAGUUUCUAGCAACAGUCUAGGGCUUGCUAGCUUUUGGGGCUUAUUCUUGAUUGCAGGGCUGGCUUCAAUAGUCGCACUCAUCAUCUUUAUUGCUUCGUUCCUCCACAAGCAUAAAACUAUGAUCCCUUCUGACUCGGGAGCCUCUAGAUGGAGAAGGUGGCAGAUCAUGUUUGAAAUCUUCAACCAAAAGGACCUUGACUCUCACACUUUUAAAACAAGUCAGGAACGAGAUUCAGUUCAAUCCCCAGUGAACUAUAAUUCAAGCCACACAGAGAUACAUUCUGCAUCUUCUGUAUCUUUUGAAGAACAUGAAAUACCAUAA